CUGGGGCCAGUAGGCACUCGAAGAUUCUCACGGCACCUCCAAAAGGCCAAAGAUGGGGCAGGGGGCGGAUGCGGAUGAGCAGCUGCGGCGGCGGCUCCGGCGGGUGUUCGCCGCCGAGGAGCGGUCGUUCCGCAUGGAUCGGCUCUCGCCGGCUGCCGCGGCCCUCCGCUCCGCCGUUGCCGACGUGCUCCCCCGCUUCCUCGGCAGCUACUCCGACGAUACCCUCGCGGAGUACAUUGUAAUUUUAGUUUGUAAUGGGAAACAUCAGUAUCAAGCACGCGAUGAUUUGGAGGCCUUUCUUGGUGAUGAUAGUGCAAAAUUUGUUGCAUGGCUCUGGGGUUAUCUCAGCAAAAAGGCAGUAGCACUGGCUGAUGAUUCUAUUGCAAAAAAUGGGUUGUCAAAUGAGAGUUGGAACCGAAAUGACAAGAAAAAUUUUAAGGCUACAAGUACCCAACCUGGAGAUGCUCAUAUUGUAAAAUCAGAAGUCUCGGCAUCACCACAAGAGCAUAAUGGCCUUCAGAAGCUUGAUUCAACUAACGGACAAAAUGUGGCUCAGCGACGCAUUAGUUCAACUGUUGUUGUUUCUCCUAAAAGAUUGGUUGGUGACAAAAGUUACUGGGAGGGCCAGCUUCAGAAGAAAGAUCGGAGUGCAACAGGUGACAGAAGUUUCUCCAUGCUAAAAUCUGGUUUAGCUGCAAUGAGUGAACAUGCAUUGGUGCAAGAGGAACUCCAUAAUGAGCACCUUGGAAGAAGUGCUUCCACAGGACGAUGGCCUGUGUCUGUGGGAACUGACGGUGGUGAAGUGACAGAAUCCAUGAAAAGACGCCGCAAUGUUUGGGACAGACUAGGGAAGCCUGCAAUAGAGGAUCAGGGUUUAGCUAGAGAAACUGAGACCAUGCUUGUUGGCAAUAGAAUAGAUAAGAAGCCCAAGUUAAUUGUGGCUGAGCAUGAACAGAAAGGCUGCGUUAACUUAAGUACAGAAGGGGAUUUAUUUGACAAAGCAAAUUCCAGAAUGUUUUCAAGCAGUAACGCAGAAUUUGACAAAGCACAUGAGCACAGGGAAUCCAAUAGAAGCAGGCUGAUUGGUCGGUUAGAUUUUGGUAAUGUGAAGCGUAAUUACGAUCAAACUAGAGAUGUUAUAAACCAGAAGUCCAGUUCACCGUUGCCAGUAAAAAGUGUUCCGAGUAAAAGUUUGAAUGAAUUCACAUCUGAUGCGAAGAGUUCACCUGCAGCAGUUUCUGAGUCAGCAUGUCAUGCGAGUAAUAAAUCAUCAAAAGGACAUGUACCAGCAUCUAACAAAUUGUCUCAGUUAACUAUGCGGAUAAAUUCAGGAACUGAUGUUUUGCAAAGUCAGCAAAUUAGCAGCCCUGCACAGUCCAAGAGUGGAUCUUCUGUGCGUGAAGAUGGUGGUAACAAACCAGUAAAGGAUGAGAUGUUGGAUGUGAAAUUAAAGCUAAAGCAGAUGGAACUGGAUAUGCUCAAGCUUCGCUCCAAGCAGGCACAGAUAAACAACGGGAAGCAAGGAGCUCCACCAUCAGGUCCCAAUUCAAAUUUAGAGGACGAUGCUGAUUCUAGAACUGUUCUCGUGACAAAUGUGCAUUUUGCGGCAACUAAGGAAGCAUUGUCAACACAUUUUAUGAAGUGCGGGAGAGUGCUUAAGAACAUUGUGUUGACAGAUGCGAAUACUGGCCACCCAAAAGGGGCUGCAUUUGUUACUUUUGCUGACAAAGAAUCUAUUGGGAGGGCUAUAUCUUUGAGUGGGACAUCAUUUUACUCUAGAGUUCUCACGGUAGUGCGGAAAGCAGAAGCACCUCCAGGAUUUUUGGUCUCUGUUCAACAGACUGGGAUGCCGCAGCCAUGGAACUCGCCGCCAUUCCAGAAAGGGGCCAGUCCAAAAAGGUUGUCUAGUUAUCAUCUCCAGUGGAAACGUGAGCAGUCUGUGAUGGAAAAUUCCGCUGCCAAUUGCCCUAAUAACUGAAAGAAUCUAAGGCAGCAGUUGAGAAGAGAAAUAUGACUGCCAUUUGGUACCCUACCAAUGGACUAGCACUACUGGAUCAGCUCUGGGAAGACGUUAUCUUGCACCUCUGUAUUACUGCUUUCCAAACAUCUACAGGCGUUACUUCUUCCAGAUCUAGUGUUAUUUCUUUCAGAUGAGGAAUUGCAGGCUUUAUUUGCUACCGGAACUCAACAAAAAUUCAUUGCAACCCUAAGCGAAUCUAUAGAACAGAAUUUGAUCGGCCAUACUGUGUGUCAUGUUAUGUGCCCCAAACUAUACAAAAUUUAUGUUGAUCCUCCGCAUCAUUGUUGUCA